CCGCAAACGACCGACCUUCCAUCCCCUGGCUUUCCACCUCCCGCCAUUUCCCGCUAUAUCGCGAUGGCGCCUCCCAUCUUCCGCAUUUUCAAUCCCGCAGCGCCGAAGGAGGAUCCUGCAGAGAAGCGACGCGCUCAAUUGCGACAGGCCCAGCAGUCGUAUCGCAAACGUAAAAGCAGAUAUGCAAAGGGCCUUGAAGAUGAUCUUGCCGCCUCAAAAACGCAUACGGUCCAUCUGAUGCUCAAGAACGAGGAGCUGAGCAAUACUGUCCAAGCCCUUCUACAGAUUCUUGCGCAGAAUGGCAUCGAUAUUCCAGAUGACUCGUGCAUCAACAUUCCCGUUUACCAGGAUACCAAUCGCCUCCAACAAAAAUCUUUCAUCCUGCCGCCGGACAACAUCCACACUGGUGAUCAUGAGGUGAGAUAUGACGCGAGAUCGAACCGCGCUCCUCCUCAACUAGGCCGGGGCGAUUACACCACCUCGGUGCAGCAGUUGGCCUCGCCCGAGUCACUCAACGACUAUGAGGUCCUAGAGCCUCAGAGAGCGCCGCAACAUCAGACAUCGAAUGGCGGUGAAGUGGAUGAGUGGCCUCAAUUCAGCCAAGACCUCCAAACACCGCCGAGCGCUGGCAUAAGAGUCUGCGAUGUGGAUCAGAUUACAGUUGGGAUGGAAUUUGUCUUGAAAAUUGAAGAACCUUGCCUGGGCCAUGUUCAUGGCGACCCAAAACAACCGCAAGAGCCGUCUGGACAUGCGUUAACCGCCACGUCGCAAUUGCACUAUCUCUGUCCAACACCUCGUCAUAUCCAAAGCCCUCCGUCAUUCCAAGACACACCGGCAGAAAUACUAGAACGGCUUUUAGCUCUUACCCCGGAGGUCGCCUCAGAUGGAGAAAUGACUCCAAUCCAAGCGUGGAAUAGCCUUCGAAAGCGGCCGGUUUUCGCUGGACUGCAACUCAAAUCCCUGAUGAUUCUGGCUGAGAGGUUGCGCGACGCAGUGAGCUGUCACGGUUUUGGAGCGGUAGUCAAGCACGAGGUCUUCGAGACCAUGGUAUUUGAAUCCGUAAUGCUUAAAGGUGCGGUGUAGCCUGACUAGGUAGGUUAAAUAGGUUUCGGCACACAGGAGAAUGUGCAAGGUUUCGGAAAGUCUGAUGUGGGUGGCAUGGAUAAGACAUCGUGGCAUGUUUCAUUGUAUGCCAGGGAAGAGUUCCAGUAUCGAAAACACGACCAUUGGGCUCAAAUGCUACAAUUUUUUGUGGGAUAAGAGAAUCGAAUCACUACAGCCUAGCGGCGUCUGGGUAGGGCACCGAUAAAAACCAUUUACAAGCGGGGAACUUUACGUUCGAUAUGGAGGACAAUUAUGAAUAGGGACAUUAUUUAAUGCUAU